AUGAGGGAAAACAAUGUUCCUUUGCGUCCUACGAGUGAAAGUAUUAGGGAAUUAGUGCGAGAGUUGGAAAAUGCAGCGCAACUAGCCUCCAGAGGCAAGGCUACAAAGAGGGUGUGUGAUCUUUUCGAUAGUACGAAGAAAGUGGUAAGCUGGAAAUUUCAAGAAUGGGAUUAUGGGAAGAAUAAUAUACAGCUUCCGUGUAAUGCUCGAGGACUGUUCAUUCUGGAUGAUCCAGAAAAUCCAGAGAUCGUUGCUCGAGGUUACGACAAGUUCUUUAAUAUCGGAGAGGUCGUUUCAACGAAGUGGGAAGCGAUUGAAGCCCAUACAGUUGGACCCUAUGAUGUGACUUUGAAAUCGAACGGGUGCAUCAUAUUGAUCUCUGCCCUCUCGGAUGGGACAAUUGUCGUCUGUUCUAAACAUUCGACUGGGCCAAGAACAGACGUUGAUAGAAGCCAUGCAGAAUCGGGCAGGGAAUACCUUCUCAAGCAGCUGAAGGAGGCCGACGUGGACCCAGAAGCCUUUGCCAGAGAAUUGUAUGAGUUGAACAUAACAGCAGUGGCAGAGUACUGUGACGAUAGCUUUGAAGAGCACAUUUUGGAAUACAAGGGAGAUAAAGCAGGACUCUAUCUGCAUGGCAUAAAUUUGAACCAGAGAACGUUCGCAACUUGGCCUAUGGACAGAGUUUCGCAAUUUGCGUCAAAGUAUGGGUUCAAACCAACUGCACACUUUGCCAUUGAAGAUGUGUCGAGUUUAAAAAAUUUCCUAGAUGAAUGCUCGGAGCGGGGCAGCUACGAUGCUUUGGAGGUGGAGGGAUUCGUAAUCAGGUGUCAUUGCCGAGAGGACGGACAGGACUUCUUCUUCAAAUACAAGUUUGAAGAGCCUUAUUUGAUGUACAGACAAUGGAGAGAGGUGACGAAGGACUAUAUUACAACUAAAUGUCGAAUCUUCAAGUUCAGAAAGCAUAAGUUCAUAACCAAUCAGUACCUGGACUUUGUCAUUCCCAUUCUAGACAACAAUCCUGAGCUAUGCGAACGGUAUAUGAGAGGGUUUGACAUCAUUUCACUAAGAAACAUGUUUCUACAGCAUUACGGGAUGACCGCGAUGGAAAUUCUGAACUAUGAGAAAGUUAAGGAACUGGAGCUUCGAAAUGCUGUGGAUUUCGACAAAGUCGAUGAAAACACUAAAUUCUUGAUUUUUCCUAUAGCCGUCAUUGGUUGUGGUAAGACGACCACGGCGCUCACCUUGAAGAACCUCUAUCCAGAUUCAUGGGCCGUGGUGCAGAAUGACGAUAUCACUUCUAGAGAUAAAUCAAUGCUGAUGAAAAAAUCUCUCGAGCUGCUGGCUACGCCAAAUAUAAAAUGUGUGAUCGUUGAUCGAAAUAAUCAUCAAUAUAGAGAGAGACAGCAGUUGUUCACUUGGCUCGCCGACUUGAAAGAAGAAUAUCUCCCUUACGACACAAAUAUCAAAGUGAUCGGUUUGUCUUUUAUUGCAUACGAGAACUUGCAAAGUGUUCGAGAACUCACAUUAAAGAGAGUCCUUGCCCGCGGCGACAAUCACCAAAGUAUAAAGUCUAGUGUCUAUGGUGAGAAGAAAGUUGUCGGUAUCAUGCAGGGCUUUUUAAACAGGUUCCAACCUGUGGUGGAAAGCAAAUCGCCCGACAAUAAAUUUGACCUGAUCAUUCCCCUUCGGGUCUCGCAUACCAAUUCUUCAUUAGAAAAUGCCAGAAAAACUCUUCUCAACUUGAACAGUUCUUAUCCUCAGUUAGUUCCUAGCAUGCCAUCAGAGGAAGAGAUCGAAAAAGCUUUUGCGAAAAGUCUGACUUACAAACCUACGAUUAUCAAGCACGUUAAAGGAAAAGGAAGCACGAAUCCUAAGGAGCGCCAGGCGACUUUUUAUUCCGCUCACAUAAGGGAACGGCAAGCGAUGAUUGACGAGAUUCAGAAAGCUCUCAAGAGCGCGUAUCUUUCAGAAAGAGGCAAAGAAUGUAUGGAAAAGCUAUUUAAGCAAGACAAAUUUCAGCCAGAGUUUCACAUAACACUUUCCCAUGUAAGCCAAGCGAAGAAAGGCACGGAGGAUCAGAGGUGUACUUGGAAGAAUUUUGCUUCCCGAUAUCAGAAGAUGAUAUCAACCAACGAGGAAAAAGAUGAGAGCAUGGCGCCCAUUACAACCGCAGACACUGUUAAGUUCAAACUCAACAAAUUGUGCUGGGACGAAAAAAUUGUUUCCGUCAUCGCUGACCUUCCUGAACAUCCCAUCAUCGACUGCAAUGGGCAGAUUGUGCCUCAGCUGAAGGCCGGCAACGCAGUCUCGCACAUCACUAUUGGGAUAUUGCAACCAGGCGUAGCCCCAUUCUAUUCAAAUAAGCUAUGCCAGAGGGUACUCAAGGGAUCAGAUAAGAACACUUGGUCUAUAGACUUUGACUGCUGUGCCCAAUUCGAAGCCGAAGUACGCAUUAAUUUCUGA